AUGGCCAUAGUCUCAGAUGAUCCCGUUUGGUGGCCGAUCAUCGAGUUUUGUCGUCUUUACAGCUAUAAUCUAGCUGCAUGCUCUGUUGUGGUGAUAUACGACUGGGCAUUGACAUUCGAACAAGAGUUCGAAUUGAUCUUGAGGCGACGUUGGACCUCCAUGACUGUUCUUUAUAUCUGUGUGCGGUACAUUGGAAUACUAUAUUUUGCGUACGUUUGCAAGGUUAUCUACAUCACACUGCAAUGUGCCAAUAAGUCCCCUCUCGCAACCAGUGUUAACAUUAUGCUGUUACUCCCUAAUACCUGGAUUACAGAUGUGGCAUGGAACCCUGUCAUCGUCAAUGCCAUGUUGGGCGUCAUCAUGAUUGCUCGGAUAAAUGCCAUGUAUGAGGGAUCGAAAAAAAUGUUCAUAUUUCUUGUUGUAGCCUUGUCGGCUUCCACGAUCGCCUCCGGGGUCAUGGUGGUAAUCGCAAACCUGGGUGUUUCAUCGCAGGAGGCCGUCCUUUCCGGCUACCAUACCUGCAUUACCACAAUUGAUGCGGAAAUGAUGCAUCUGUUUUACGAGAGUGUGAUAUCUACUGUUGUAUGGGAGAUCCUCGUCUUGUUUCUUGCACUCUGGAUUGUUUUAAAGCACUUCCGUGAACUGCGACAAUCGCCGACAAGAUUGAACAUUGACCACUGUUUCACGAUAUUAAUGGAGAGUCACGCGCCUUACUUUCUAGUCUUUGUUAUUAUGACUUGCUUCACACUUGGCUCAAUAUCUCCAAAUAUCACGAACACCAUGGAACGUCUUAUUUACUUUAGUGUUUGGGCAACCUCCCAGAUGUUGCAGAUGUUUGUGCUGGGACCGCGUCUGAUCCUCAGCGUUCGAACCAAAUAUGAAGCCAGGGCCGAGGGGGGAACAAGCAUGAUGUCCAUGGCUUUCCAUGCUAGUGAAGAUGUGUUGACCGGCGAAGAUGCGUUGACUAGCAAAGAUGAUGUGUAG